AGAAGAACCAUCAUGGCGGCGCCCUGCACGGAAAACAAUCACAAGCAAGGCAAAUUGGAAUUUGCACUAGACGUCCCGUUCCCAUCUAGUCUCGAGGCGUCCAUCGCACUCCAGUCCCUCUCCCCAGACCGCGAGCUCCGGAAAGGAGGCAUCAGCAAGGAACUCACGGUGUCCGGCAGCACGCUGUCUGUGAGGUGGAGAGCCGAUGAGGCCCGUAUUCUGCGUGUCUCUGUGGGGUCGUUUAUGGACCACCUCUCCCUUGUGAUGGAGACCAUGGAGGCCUUUGGACCCCCUGUCACUCGGUGACCACACAAACAUACACCUUCUGCUCUACAAUGACAUGAUGACCAGAGGGAAAUAAGAGAAACCCAGGAGGAGCUGCUGUGAUCCCCAGUAAAGAGGGACACAUGUGUCCCAAUUUCAAUAAUCCUAUUCAAAUAAGGGAACUGGAACCAGAAACACCGGGAUUGCAAUAGUACCCGUGCUAUUUAUUUAGACACAUGGGAAUUGCCUUAUUUCGGUGGUGUAUGGAUAGACUAUUUCUUUGUUUACAUUUGACUAUGUAUUAAUUUGGUUGUAUUGUGGAAUAAACAUUUUUCAAAAAUUA